AUUCCGGGUGGGACCAGUCACCAGUCACUUGGUAGCUGUAGACGGUAGACUUACUAGACUAGCAGACUACAGUGUUCGUAGAGUCCUUGAGGCCAGACAGCCGUCGGCCAGCAAGUCUGAAGCGCACUGUCGCAGCAAAAAUGACAGGCAUCGCAGCAGGCAUCCUUGCUAGGCCCAUAGCUAGAGCGCACCAGGAUCUAUCGACUGGAAGCAGAGAUGCCGCGUUCAUAAAUAAGAGAAGGAGCACGAUUGUGGGUGGGCUUUGACCGGUUUGAACUUUUCGCGCGACCACAACACGAGAGCCGCGUCACCCUGCAAUCCCUAUCUAAGCUUUCUCUCUCUCCAGUUGGCCCUGCUUCCGCAGCUGCACCUGCUUCUACUGCUAUUCAUCAUGUACACAGCACCGCAUCAAGCUCAAAAAUCAUACGUACUCUCCAAUAUUCCGCCAUCCCGAGAAAAAACCAAACCACGCAGCCCACGAUGCUGCAUUUUGCUUGCUUCUACAAAGCUGUCACCGCCAGACAUACUUGAGCCCUGGGACUAUCUCACACGGCAUGGCUUCUUUGUUGAAUUUGCUACAUGGGAUGGAAAUAUGGCGAUUGCGGAUGAAGCACUCCUCAAUCAUGCGCUUUGGGGAGUCAAGGCAAGUGCACACGCUCGCUGGCAAGACUUGACGUCCCUUGAAGAGUGGAAACAGCCGCAUGCUUGGGCGACGAGUGACGGUGCUUCAACGACGACGUGGUCACUUGAAUCAUACGAUUUGACCUUCAUCCCCGGCGGCGCUGCACAGCGAUCACAAUUGCAAGGCGAUACAGCACUCCAAGCGCUCUUAACGAAGCAAGCAUUGUUCUUGGAUCGUCAACUCGGUGCAAAAGUCAUUGCUGUUGUGGGCGAGGGGUUUGCACCACUCUUAACAGUUUCGCAUCCCCUCACCCAGCAACCACUAUUGCAAUCACUCAUCACAACAGGCCCCUUGUAUGAAUCUUGGACGGGUGCCUUGUCGGCUACCAAGCAAGAUGUCUCCGUAAUGGUUCCUAAACUGGCAAAGGAAUUCAAGAAUCGUCAAGUGGUGGUUGAUCCACUACACUGGUUCAUCAGUAGCCCAUCACAUGCUUGGCAUGCAGAGUCUUUGCCUGUUUGUGUUUCAUUGACACGCGCGGCUAUUGAAGUGGAUGAAUUGAGAAAGCUCGAACAGCAAGGCACAGACAAGGCGAAGCGUUUGACAACAGCACAACGGGAUCGACAAGCAACGGCACUCAAGUUUGAUGGAUUGACAACAAGGCAGAAGGAGCGCCUGAACAGUGAAGGUAUCGGCAAGCGAGAGACUGGCUUUGUUUUGUCACAGUGGAGUUGGGGUUGGCGAAAGGACAUUGAAUGAGCAAAGGAAAGUCAGUAGUCUGACG